AGAACAGAUCAAGACAUGGAGUACCAUCAUUUUUCAGAGCAAUCUUUUCAUGGCAAUAACGGACAUGUUCCAUCAAGCUGUAGCCCAAAGUGUGAUGAGUACUGUGAUGGAAGGGAGAAUUCAGAAACAGCUGUCGUGAUAAAAAAUGAAGACAUGUCUAGUGAUGGUGACGAAGAUAUCACUGGGGAAGAGAAUCAUAGAUUACCAAAGGAGUCCAGUGGCAUGAUGGCCUUACAGAUCCUGGUACCAUUUCUGCUGGCAGGAUUUGGAACAGUUUCAACUGGCAUGGUUUUAGACAUAGUACAGCACUGGGAAGUGUUCAAAAAAGUGACUGAAGUUUUUAUUUUAGUCCCAGCACUUCUCGGUCUCAAAGGAAACUUGGAAAUGACAUUGGCAUCCAGAUUGUCAACUGCAGUAAAUAUUGGGAAGAUGGAUUCCCCCAUUGAAAAGUGGAACCUAAUCAUAGGCAACUUGGCACUAAAACAGGUUCAGGCCACAGUGGUUGGUUUUCUCGCCGCCAUGGCAGCGAUCAUCCUGGGCUGGAUUCCAGAAGGGAGAUGCCGCCUCGAUCAUUCCAUCCUACUAUUUGCCAGCAGUGUGGCCACUGCCUUCAUUGCAUCUCUCUUACAGGGGAUAAUAAUGGUUGGCGUCAUUAUUGGCUCGAAGAAGACUGGUAUCAAUCCGGACAAUGUGGCCACUCCGAUUGCUGCUAGUUUUGGGGACCUCAUUACUCUGGCCAUAUUAGCCUGGAUAAGUCAGGGUCUUUACGCCUGCCUUGAGACAUAUUAUUACAUAGCUCCAUUAGUUGGUGCCCUUUUUUUGGCUCUGACCCCUAUAUGGAUCAUGAUAGCUGCCAAACAUCCAGCUACAAGGACCGUUCUCCAUUCAGGCUGGGGGCCCGUCAUCAUAGCUAUGAUUAUAAGCAGCAUUGGGGGCCUUAUUCUAAAUACGAUAGUAUCGGAUCCAAAUUUGGUUGGAAUUGUUGUGUACACUCCAGUUAUUAAUGGUAUCGCUGGUAAUUUAGUAGCUAUACAAGCUAGUCGAAUUUCUACCUACCUCCAUUUACACGGCAAACCAGGCGAGGUGCCCGAUGAAGCCAAAGGCUGCUACUACCCAUGCCGAACCUUCUUUGGUCCAGGAGUCAAUAACAAAUCUGCCCAAGUUCUUCUACUUUUAGUGAUUCCUGGACAUUUAAUUUUCCUCUAUGCCAUCCACUUAAUGAAAAGUGGUCACACUUCCCUGACUGCAAUCUUCAUCGCUGUAUUCUUAUUUGCUGCUGUGUUACAGGUCUUCACCUUGCUGGGGAUUGCUGACUGGAUGGUGCAUCACUUCUGGAGAAAAGGAAAGGAUCCUGAUAACUUUUCCAUCCCAUACCUUACAGCUUUGGGAGAUCUGCUUGGAACAGCCUUAUUAACUUUGAGCUUUCAUUUUCUGUGGCUCAUUGGUGAUCGAAAUGGCAAUGUUGGGGACUAAUGAAAUAUAGAACUGCUGACUGCUCUCAGACUGUAUAGAAGAAAGACUUAAGAUGGUGGCUUAUGACUCCUUUUCAAGGCCUUUAAUAUAAUACAGUAAUCUCAUUUUGGCUGGGUUAAUUUUAAGUUGGAACUGAUAUGAUUAAAUGGCCUUAACUUUUCUUAAAACUGAAUUUGAAUAGAAAAUAAAAGUGAAGGGUAUUUGCCUUUCAUAUGAGAGAA